GUUUGCAAAGCAAUCUGCCUGGCGAUUGGCGGGCGCGCGGGGGCCGGCGGCCAACCAGCUGCCCCGAUGUAUUGGGGACAGUAAAGCUAAGGGUGCCCGAGGUCCCGCCAUGUGAGUGCAGCGGGCCGGGCCUGGCAGGGUGGGGAGCCCUCGGGGCGCAGGAUCCCGGCGAUGGCGGCCACGGAGCAGGAGCAGGGCGAAUUGGUGUCUUCCCUCAGCCAGAAGACCUCCUCCUUGGAGCGGGUGGGAGAGGAGGAAGAGGAGGAGGAAGAAGACGAUGACCUGGACCUCUUUGGGGGUUACGACAGCUUCCGGGGUUACAACAGCAGCAUGGGCAGUGACAGCAGCACCUACUUCGAUGAUUCUAGCAAUGAUGACAUGGUCAACCGGGAAGCUGGGGAGCUGUCCACCUCCCCUCUGCCACUGCACACACCCACCACCCCAGGCCGGAUGAUGGAGGACAGUGGCUCUGAACCAGCUGUGUGUGAGAUGUGCGGGAUUGUGGGCACGCGAGAAGCUUUCUUCUCCAAGACCAAACGCUUCUGCAGUGUCUCCUGCUCCAGGAGCUACUCCUCCAACUCGAAGAAAGCCAGCAUCCUGGCAAGGUUGCAGGGCAAGCCACCUACAAAGAAGGCUAAGGUCUUGCACAAGGCAGCAUGGUCCGCCAAGAUUGGGGCCUUCCUCCAUUCCCAAGGGACGGGGCAGCUGGCGGAUGGAACGCUGACGGGCCAGGAUGCUCUUGUGCUUGGCUUUGACUGGGGAAAGUACCUGCAGGACCAUGGAUACAAGGCCGCCCCUGUCAGCUGCUUCAAACACGUGCCGCUGUUUGAUCAAUGGGACGAUGUGGUGAAAGGGAUGAAGGUGGAAGUGCUGAACAGUGAUGCUGUGCUCCCCAGCCGGGUAUACUGGAUUGCUUCUGUCAUCCAGACUGCAGGGUACAGGGCACUGCUGCGCUACGAAGGCUUUGAGACCGACUCUGGCUAUGACUUCUGGUGCAACUUGGGCACAGUGGACAUCCACCCCAUCGGCUGGUGUGCUAUCAACAGCAAAAUCUUGGUACCCCCUCAGACUAUCCACGCCAAGUACACGGAUUGGAGAGGGUACCUCAUGAAGAGGCUGGUGGGAGCAAGGACCAUCCCCGUGGAUUUCCAUAUCAAGAUGGCGGAGAACAUGAAGUACCCAUUCCGGCAGGGCAUGCGGGUGGAAGUGGUGGACAAGGACCAUGUGUCUCGGGCCCGCAUGGCGGUUGUGGACACAGUCAUUGGUGGCCGGCUGAGGCUCCUCUAUGAGGAUGGCGAUAGUGAUGAUGACUUCUGGUGCCACAUGUGGAGCCCCCUGAUCCACCCAGUGGGUUGGGCACGAAGAGUGGGCCACAACAUCAAGAAGACAGAAGAAAAGCGCAGUGACAUGGCAAACCACCCCACCUUCCGGAAGAUAUACUGCGAUGCCGUCCCCUAUCUCUUCAAGAAGGUGCGAGCUGUCUAUGCUGAAGGUGGCUGGUUUGAGGAGGGCAUGAAAUUGGAGGCCAUUGAUCCCUUGAACCUGGGCAACAUCUGUGUGGCUACUGUGUGCAAGGUCCUCUUGGACGGGUAUCUCAUGAUCAGCAUUGAUGGGGCCACCUCCGCGGAUGGCUCGGACUGGUUCUGUUACCACGCUUCCUCACAUGCCAUCUUCCCUGCCAACUUCUGCCAGAAGAACAAUGUUGACCUGACCCCACCAAAAGGGUACGAUGCAAAGACCUUCAACUGGCAAAGUUAUCUGGAAAAGACCAGGUCCAGAGCAGUGCCAGCACGGCUCUUCAACACGGACUGUCCAAACCAUGGCUUCAAAGCAGGCAUGAAGCUAGAAGCAGUGGACUUAAUGGAGCCACGACUCAUCUGCGUGGCUACAGUCAAGCGUGUGGUCCAUCGCCUCCUCAGCAUCCACUUUGAUGGCUGGGACAAUGAGUAUGACCAGUGGGUGGACUGCGAGUCACCAGAUAUCUAUCCCGUGGGCUGGUGUGAGCUGACAGGCUACCAGCUCCAGCCUCCUGUGGCUCCAGAGCCCACAACGCCUGUGAAAAACAAGGAGGUGCCGAAGAAGAGAAAAAAACCCUAUGGGAAGAAGACCUGUUUCUCCUCGUUAAGGAAAAAAGAUGGCUGCCAAAACCCGCUCGCUCAAGCAGACAGCCAAGAAACCUGUCGGCCCAAAGGCAAAGCGCGAAACAAAAGCUGCAAACAAGACCUCCCUGGAGCCAGCGCCCGAUGAGAUUAUUGCUGUGCAGGUGAAAGAAGAAAUAAUCGAGCCCUCAGUGAUGGAGUUCGACUCCUCAGAGCUUCCCGUUCCGAUAAGCAGCAUCAAGGAAGAGGUUAUGGAUUAACCCGAGAUCCUUCAGGUGGGGUCUCCUUGCCCUGAGCAGCAGCCUGCCCUCUACACUGUAACUCCCUAAGGAAGCUCCCCCACAGAGCUGAGCAGGAGACAAGAAGAGACAGUGGGUGCAUUCCUGGCCUUGCAGAAGAAGAAUCGUUGACACAGGCCAGCUCCAUCUUCACCUUUGUCUUUUUUAAACCCUGGUAAUGGAUUCCAGGAAAAAGGUGCCGGACUUGGAAAGGGACAUGGCUGCUAUUGCUGCUGCUGCUGCACAUCUGUGGAUCGGAGGGUAAAUUUCUGAGCCAGGGAACUCCUCUUAGCUUCCCACCAUUAUUUGUUUCGAGCCCAUUUAGGGAGGGAGAGGGGCCUCUGCUGCACUGGGGACUGUCUUAGUCUUUCAGUCUUGUCUCUAUGGAGCUUGUGACCCAGAAUCCAAGAGGUGCUGGGACUGCAGAACUUCAACCACUGUGCAGCUUCAGGGAGAACAAGUCAGUCAGAAAGAUAGCUGCUGUCACUCUGUGAGCGUGCCCCAUGUGUUCAUUUGUAUGUCCCUCUUUGUAAUGUGGGCACAGAACCCGAGAGGAUGUCAGAGAGCACAAGGGGAAGGGAAGGGGAAGGGACAAGGGGAGAAUUAAAGAGAUGGAAACCAAGUUGCAUAGGAAAAAUCCCUUCUGAUGCCACUCAGAUAUGAAUCUGCUUCCUGCCAUGACAAGAGUUACACAGUUCCCAGGUCCAGAAAAAGAGAGCAGACGAUUUAUUUUUGCCUCUUUUCUCCCCUCCUCUAAGGCGCACAAUCCUAGUGUAUCACUGCUAUUUUUUUAACAAUCCUCAUGUAAAGUUUACCAGUGAAAUGUACUGGAAUGGUCUGUAAAUAAAGACUGAGUGGAAGGUGCAAGGCUUGCCUCUUGGUCUUGCGGGGGGGGGCGGGGACGGGCAGUAUGCCAGCUCUAGUCCAGAAAAGGCAGAGAGAGAGCCAGGGGAGAUAGUCUGUGUGUGGAGCAAAUAAGGAGUGUGUGGCUGAGUCUAGAGCCAUCACAUAGCCCUCACUUGCACCCAUCUUGACUUGUCUGGUAGAUCUGAGGAGAGUGAGUUGCAGCUCCUAGAAUGGGGCAUAGGAGGGCUGGUCCUUCUUCAACCUUCCUAGCAAAACUGCUGCCUCUAAAAUCAGCCCUAUCACAACUCAAGUCCUGAAAGAUGGAUGCGGCAUGCCCCAGCUUAGGGUGGAAUGAGCAUGGGAAGGGCCUGUGAUCUUUGCCUCAUCUGCAGUGCCUGGCCCCUCUUGGUUCAAGGCUGUAACACUAGACAGCCACUCUCCCUCCCAAAGCUAAUGCCCACAUGUGAUAAUAGGGGUUUUAUGGGUAUCUUCUUCUAUAGAAUCAUUUUUUUUCCCCAGGGCCUAUGGCUCUUUCUUUUGGACAGUGUUGUCCUGAAGUCAACAGAUUUUAUCUCCCACAACCCCAAGCAUGCCUGAUACUAAAGAGGUUUCCCUGACAAUUCUUCCCAA